AUGUCUGACGCAGAAUUCCAAAAGGUAGCUGAAGCCGUAAGGAACUGGAAGACAAGGCCCUCGGACAACGAGAACUUGGCCAUGUACUCCCUCUACAAGCAGGCCACCAUCGGUGACGUCAACAUCUCCGCACCCGGUCUCACAGACGUCGUAGCUAGCGCUAAAUUCAAGGCGUGGUCUGACCGCAAGGGAAUUUCCAAGGACGACGCUAAGAAACAAUACAUCGACUUGGCCGCCCAACUGUCACCUAAAUACGCUUAA